AUGCAGACACAGAGACAACAGCAACAGCAGUUGGAUGUUCUCAUUAAGCAACUAUCCUCACAAAAGGUUGCUUCUGUGGACACCAAGUGCGUGUGUGCUAUCUGUGGGAAGGGCCAUGUGACAGAGGAAUGUGAUUAUGGGGGAUCAUCAGAGCAAGCAGAAGUUAAUGGAGUGUGGUAUGACAACAACAACCAGAGGAAUUACAACAACCAGGGGCGAAAUGUGUAUGUGCCACCAUGGAAGAACAAGAAUCAGCACCCAGGGUUUAGUUAUAGUUCCAACCAUCAGUUGAAUCCUCCACUGCAUCCUCCUCCAACACACUCAUCACAACCAAGUGAUACUGCUGCAUGGGAAAAAGCCUUUGCUCAGUUAUCCAAGACUACUCAAGAUUACAUUCAGGGGUCUAAUUCAUUCAGAGAGGAAACAUCUGCAUUCAUGCAAGAGACCAAGACUUCAUUUAGAAAUCAGAAAGCAUCUAUCAGGAAUCUGGAGACCCAGAUCGGUCAGCUAUCAAGACAAAUAUCUGAGAGACCACAUGGGAAGUUUCCUAGUGAUACAAUGGUGAAUCCUAAGGAGCACUGCAAAGCAAUCAUGACAAGAAGUGGGUUGGUGCUUCAACAGGUGAAAAAGAAUGUGGAAGAUAAGAAGAAUGAAGAGGAGGUUGUGGUUGAAGAUGUAGUCUCUGAUGAUGGAGUAGAAAAGGUGAAGGGAAAUAAAGAAAAAGAAACAGUGAAGGAAGAUAAGGAAGAAAAAGAGGUGGUAGUUGAAAAUGAUGUUGUGCCCAAGAAGAUAAUGAAGUGGGAGAAGAAGAAGAUGGCUGACAAGCAGGACCAGCCAGUCACUUUGUCUCCAUAUGCCAAAGCUUUGGAGAACAUGCCUCACUAUGCCAAAUUCAUGAAAGAUCUCCUUACUAAGAAGAGAAAAUUGAAUGAUGGUGAAACAGUGGCCCUGACAGCAGAAUGUAGUGCCCUGAUCCAGAAGAAGCUUCCACCAAAAUUGCAAGAUCCAGGAAGCUUCAGCAUUUCUAUUGCUAUAGGAGAUGUGGAAGUGGGGAAGGCACUCUGUGAUUUGGGGGCCAGCAUAAAUCUGAUGCCAUUGACGGGGAAGUUGCUGUUGAGGGUGGAUGAGGAAACUGUUACAAUUGAUGUUUUUGAAGCCAUCAAACAUCCUGUUGAUGUGGGGGAUUGUUUCAGAUUAGAUGUGAUACAGGAGGUUGUGGAAGAAGUAGAGCUUAAAGAACUACCUUCAAAUCUGAAGUAUGUGUUCCUUGGGGAUGAUCAAACAUAUCCAGUAAUCAUCAAUGCAAUGUUAUCUGAGAGUGAAGAAGUGAAGUUGAUUAAGACAGUGCUUGGGUGA